GUCCAGAAAUCGUAAGUUGUUCCAAGACUGUUUCUUCAGGAUGGUCCAAAAACCACAGGAGAACAUCUGUUAACUGGUCAACAGCUGUUUGAUGAGGAGUGCAGGGAGGCACUACCUACAAUAAGACAUUCAAACGAUGAAUCCGUGGUCAAAGAAGAUGAGAGCAACUUUCCAGUAUCGACAGAAUAUGAUCCAAGCACAAGAUGUAUCAUCGUCUGUCCUCUGUGUUCCCUAGCUUCCUUGAUGUUGCUGGAUUGAUUGACCAGGAUUUCUCAAUGAUGUUAGCUGAUGAAGUAUCUCAGAGGUUCCUGGCUAAGUGGUCAACUGUCUUCAAAACAAAAGUCCUUGCAGACUGCAAGACUCUCCCGCAAAAGCAGAACAUUGAUGAGUUGCUGUCAGGAACUGAACCUCAACCUGAUGACAGCUGUGGCUGGGGCAGUGAUACAUCCUCCAACCUUCUACUCCUGCAUCUGCUCCCUCUGACUUCUCGAGGCCAGGAAAAAAACGGCAAAGAUCAGAUUGUCAAGCAGCCAACCAUCUUCUCAGACAUCUUAAGGUAUGCAAAGGAAGGAGCCAGUGUGACCCCCUUCCGAGACUUGACACAAGACAAGCAUUUCUCCUGUGCAUCAGUGAGCGAAGGUGACAUCCAGAGGUUCUACAUGAUUGACCAAAAGCCGGUUCCAUGCAAGAUUGUCAACAUACCUGUAGUGUUCUCCUACACCAUAACUGAUGGAAUGAUGCUUUACUUGAAACAUCUGAUAAGUGACCACCACACUCGGUACAAAGCAUUGCUUUCUGGUAAGAAAUUGUCUCCCAACGUACUGCAUAGAAGACCAAAUGCUUGGUUUUCUGUCGUGUGUUUAAAUGAACUGACUCAUUUCAGACCAUUUGACAAGCAGCGCUCUAAUGACAAUUGUCAAAGAGCAUCCGUAGUGCCCUGCUGUUAUUUAAGCUACUGUCUGUUGGAAAUGUUUUUGAAUAAAAUGUAUGAAGCCGUCAACUAG